GCAUCCAAGAAGGUGGUUGCGAAGGUGGUGUUACAACUUAAAAUGCUAAUGCAGUAAAUUGAAAUAUUUAAAAUUUUACUUGAAAACAUCUGCAUGAUAAUGGGACGUUCACGCUCUAGAAGUAAAUCUCCUCGGCGUCAUCAUAAAAGCAAUAAACAUUCGAGGAAGAAAAGUCGUUCAAAAGACAGAUCGUCCUCUCGCAGUAGGAGCACGAAACACGCCGAAAAGUCAAGAGAACGGAGUUCAAAAUCACGAAAAAGGUCACAUUCUGUGUCGUCAGCAUCAACCACUGAUGGCUCAUAUGAUGGUAGUAGGAGUAGAAAGAAAUCCAAAUGCCGCAACAAAAUGGAUGAAGUUGACCGCCUUGCAGAAAUGGAAAGGCAAAGGCGUAUAAGAGAAGCAGAACAAAAAGUAGUUGAGGAAGAAGCUGCUAAAAGAAUAGAACUUCUUGUUAAGAAAAGAGUAGAGGAGGAAUUAGAAAAACGAAAGGAAGAAAUAGAAAGAGAAGUUGCUAAAAGGGUCGAAGAGGCCAAAAGAAAGAUGGAACAUGAGAUGAUGCAAGAACUAGAAAAACAGCGGGAACAACAGAAACGAGAGGAAAUUGCUCGACAGGCUGAAGAGGAACGUAAAAGGAAAGAGUUGGAGGAUAUCAUGGCUGAAAAUAAUAAAAAGAUUGAGGAAGCUCAACGCAAGCUGGCGGAAGAAAGGUUGGCUAUGAUAGAAGAACAAAGGAAAAUGGACGAAGAGAGACAAAAGUUGAAAAAGGAACAAGAGAAAAGAGUAAAAGAAGAACAAAAGAAAAUUUUAGGCAAAAACAACUCCAGACCCAAACUUUCAUUCUCCUUGAAACCACUUUGAUAGGUGAUGGCUGUUUACCUGAGUAUAAAUUCAGAUACUUUCCAUGUAGGUCUCCGUGCAUUUAUAAGUGUUAAAUUUCAUUUUUUACUUGGUUUUGUCUGGUUUAAUAUAUUCUUUGGAUACUUGUAAAUAUACUGUUAAGUAUCAUAGUACAUAGAAUAUCUUGGAUUACUAUAAGUUGUAAUUUUGUAUAAAAGAUAGCUAGCUAGGUUCACCAACAAAAUAAUUCAGUAAAAAUUAUUAUUAACAACCGCGUAAAUUUAAGCCCAAAUUAACGAAAUCAGAUUUAGGUGGUAUCUGAACAAAAUCUUUUUCUAUUUACAUAGAUUUCCAAAUACAUAGACAGCUUUUUUUUGUUUGUUAUACAUGCUGCUUAAUAUCUGAAUGUAAAAGUUUUUUAAAAACUGCAAAUUAGGACUAAAAUUGUUUGUAUGGUAUUUUAAUAACUUUUAUAUAGCAACACUAAUUAGAAAACAAUCCCUUUAAUUUUAGUAAUUUUAUUUAUGAAGUAGAAAGCGUUCUUGAUAUUUUGU